CUGAGGCUUUCGGGACGGCGGCGGGAAGAUGGCGGCCUUCACAGACCGGCUUGGAACCGUGGAAGCCGAGGGGAACGCGAGUCGCCAGGGGAGCUCGGGAGUGGAGGUGGUGCUUCCCUCCGAUCCCGCCACCCCCGCCCCGUUGUGCCCUCACGGACCCACUCUUCUGUUUGUAAAGGUGAGCCAAGGGAAAGAAGAAACACGGAGGUUUUAUGCCUGCUCAGCCUGUAGAGAUAGAAAAGAUUGUAAUUUUUUUCAAUGGGAAGAUGAAAAGUUGUCAGGAGCUAGACUUGCUGCCCGAGAAGCUCUUAACCGAAGAUGUCAGCCUCCUCUGUCCCGAGUGCUGUGUGUGGAAAGGUAUGUGAAGUUCAUUGAGCUGCCGUUGUCUCAGAGGAAGUUUUGUCAAAAAUGUCAGCAGUUGCUGUUGCCAGAUGACUGGGAGAAGCAUCGUGAGCACCAGGCAGUGGGUGAUAUUUCUAUCGCCCAGUUAAAAAGGCCCAGUCAGCUCCUUUAUCCGUUGGAAAACAAGAAGACACAUGCCCAGUAUUUGUUUGCUGAUAGGAGCUGUCAGUUCUUGGUAGACCUACUUUCUACCCUUGGGUUCAGAAGAGUACUGUGUGUUGGAACACCAAGGUUACAUGAGCUGAUCAGGUUGAAAGCAUCAGGUGACAAGAAGCCUAACAUGAAAAGCCUUUUAUUGGAUAUUGAUUUUCGGUAUUCACAGUUUUAUAUGGAAGAUAGCUUUUGCCAUUAUAACAUGUUUAAUCAUCACUUCUUUGAUGGAAAGGCUGCCCUUGGAGUAUGUAGAACAUUUCUACAGGAAGAUAAAGGUGAAGGAGUCAUUAUGGUGACAGACCCUCCUUUCGGUGGCUUGGUUGAACCUCUGGCUGUUACAUUCAAGAAGUUAAUUGCUAUGUGGAAAGAAGGUCAAAGCCAAGAUAACAAAGAACUACCCAUUUUCUGGAUUUUCCCCUAUUUUUUUGAAUCCCGAAUUUGUCAGUUUUUUCCAAGUUUCUGCAUGCUGGAUUAUCAGGUAGAUUAUGAUAAUCAUGCACUUUAUAAACAUGGAAAGACGGGUCGAAAACAGUCUCCUGUGCGUAUUUUCACCAAUAUUCCACCCAACAAAAUAAUCCUUCCUGUUGAAGAAGGGUACAGAUUUUGCCCUCUGUGUCAGCGAUAUGUUUCUCUAGAGAAUCAGCACUGUGAGCACUGUAAUUUUUGCACAUCCAAGGAUGGCAGGAAAUGGAACCAUUGCUUUCUCUGCAAAAAGUGUGUAAAGCCUUCCUGGAUCCACUGUAGCAUUUGCAAUCACUGUGCUCUUCCAGACCACUCUUGUAAGGGCUCUAAAGACGGCUGCUUCAUUUGUGGUGAAUUAGAUCAUAAACGUGGUACUUGCCCUCGCAUCUCUACAUCUAAGAAAGUUAACAAAGCUGUCAGAAAGCAGAAGCAAAGAAAAAGUAAUAAGAUGAAAAUGGAGACCACUAAAGGACAAUCCAUGAAUCAUACAUCUGUUACAAGGAAGAAGAAAAGGAGAGAAAGAGCUCAUCAAUAUCUUUGCUCUUAAAUGUCCAGUGACUUGAGAAUAAGAAAGAUUUAUAGUCCAGCCUUUGAUGCCAUUUUCUGAAAGUGCCACACUGGAUUUAAAUUCUGUCACUUUCACAGGUGUGCACCUUUCUGAACUAGAUAAUAGACAGGUAGUACUUGCUGGUUUAUAGACCCCUCAGCAGAGUCUCUGGAGACCUGGUAAGUUGUUCCAUCCUUGCUGGUUUACUAGUUGUCUCUGUGUGUUUUUUCUCUCUUUAAAUCUCUUCCAAUCAUGUCAUGUUAGCCUCUUUUAUCUGAAAAGUGGGCAUGUAGCAUUCUUCUGCAGAGUCAGAAGAAAAUGAAAACCUGAGGUUUUAUUUACAUUACAUAAGAGUAUGUUAAGAAAGAUAUUUUAAAUAUUAAAACAUUCUCCAAUGGCUUAGACUCCACUUGUAAAGAGAAGUACAAUGUACAGUUAUUUUUAGACAGACUCUGAAGGUGAUGGAAAGAAUUUUGACAAAGGCAGUCUAAAGAUAUAAUCAUAAAUUAUGGUUACAUUAUUAUUAAAUAUUCAUUUUUCAAGUACUUUUUGCAGCUGUCCUUUGAUGGUAUAGAAUCACCUAAAUGUUUGUUGCAUAAAUGAGGUAUUCAGAACUUGCUCUGUCAUCUCCUGUUUUAUAACCUAGGCAAUAAGUUUCUCUAUAAAAGUGGUGCAGAAGGCAGGAUAGUUUGGUGCCUAAAUCCCUUCAUUCCUAUUCUAACGCUUCCUGACAGUAUGUCCUUUGCCAAGUUAUUCACUUUUUAGAAGCCCCUGUUUCUUCAUUAUCAUAAUGGGAACAAUAAUAGUUACACCUCAGGUUUGUUUUCGUGAUUAAGUGCGCAUGUGCCUGGCUCUCAGUUCUGUUAUGGGUGAGAAAUGUUAGCAAGUGAAGAUGCCUCUGGAGCCAUAAUGGCAAUCCUCUCACAUCUCACUGAAGGGAGUAGUUUGAAAUCCAAGGACAAACAGUUCAUCACCCACCCCCACCCCCACCCAUUUCUCUGCUAAGAAUCUGACAUUAUCUCCUUAAGAUUGGAUAGUUUUGAAGGGCUUGCAUUUGCAUAAUGAGUAUUCUCUUGUUCCCAAACACCUGCCUCAGAGCUUGUUUGGAGGCAUUUUUGCUUGGGCUUAGCUAGGGCCCUGUGAGUAAAGGUAGAACUGCACUCUAUCUAGUAUUUAAAUUCCAUCUGGUAUUUAAGUUAGGACUGUUUGAUGCCUGAUGUGGGGUACUCAAGUGGGGUCCUGCUCACUGUGGUGGUACAUCAGACGACGUCAAAUGAUGGGCUAAGUUCCUAGACUUAGUAAGCAUUGGAACUCUUCUCUUGCCCCCUUUACUACAUGGGUUGCUAUGGUGAUAGGAUUAAUUACCAUGAGAUAUGAACCUUGUAGAAUCCAUGUGAGGGCUCCCCUCUCUGAUUCAGGCAUGGAUAUGGACAUUGCCUGACUUUCGUGGUAUCCACAAUAUCAUGGUAAAAUCUAUAUCUCCCCUGAAAUUCUGGCACCUGAGGGACCGUGACUACUGCAGAAUUGGGUCCUGAUGGCCAAUAGUUUUUAUCAUCACCAUAUUUCCUUUGUUUUAAGAUACCAUCAAUUGUAAAAAAUGCAUUAUUGAUGUAAUCAUAGCUUUUUAGGGGGGAAAAACUCCAUCUCAUUAAUUAUGCAUAUUAAAAUUUAGAUGUAUUCUAUUUCAGAAAUAUUAAAAUGCAAAAAUAAAUGUACAUCUUAGAAUUGAAGAAAUAAGGUAUUACUUAUAAUCAGGAAUUAUGUACUUAAAACUUUGUUACCUUCUUAGAAAAUUAAACAUAAGAAAACUA